AUGUCACGCUGGGACCUUCAGCCGAAGUGCACUGCACCUGCAGCUGCGGAACAGGUAUCGGAGUUCUAUGCUUCUGAAGCCUGGCCUUCCUUGGAACCGAGUCUUGGAAACUCUGGCACUUACGGGGAGCUGCGACCUCAUGGUGUGCGUCAAUUGCUGGACUUCAUGGCCUCCUUUGCACCUCUGACAUCAGAAGAUAUCUUUGCUGACUUGGGCUCUGGUCGUGGCGGCGUGCUGGUGCAGGUCGUGUUGGACACUCCCAUGAGAGCCAUUGGAGUGGAGCUAUCAGAGAAGAGGGCAAACACAGCAAAGCGGGUGGCUGACCGUUUGGAGAGAUCAGAUCGUCAACGGCUGACGACGCUACAUGGCGACUUCCUCAAGGUGGAUGCCUGGCUCAACGCCACCUUGGUCUAUGUGAACUCUGCUGCUUUCUCGGUGCCGUUGCUCUUCAAGUUACGUUCGGCACUGCAACGCUUGCAGCCAGGGAGCCUUGCAUUGACGGUUCGACGCUUGCCAGGUUGCACCCGGGGCUUGUGGCCAGUGGGUACGAUAUCUUUGCCCUUCAAUUGGGCCCGAGAUGUGAAGAUGCAUGCAUAUAUGGUGGCACCAUGGUCUCAACAUGGCAACCAUACAAAGCUGGCAUGGUUAUCUGCGCAUGCCAGAUCUGAACAGAUCUUGGACUGUCAUUCGCCAUCACGGCAAGCGCUGCGGCGGCUGUGCGGAACUGCCAGCUCUGUCUUGCAGACAUGGGCUGCUUCCUGGUCUGAAGGACCAGGAGAUCCCGAAGAGGAGUAUGUGCAGUCUGCAACGCGUUGUGCAUGGAGGGAAUUUCAUGCCCAGCAUGAGUUGGAACGGCGUGGUGCAGAAGUUGAUGCCCAGCCCGGCUUUGCGUUCGCAGAAAGCCUGACACAACUGGAUUUGGAGGACCACAAGGGCCGCACGCUGCUGCACCACGCUGCGGAAGGCCACGCUGCCAAGGCCCUGCAAGCCUUACUGAAGGCACGCAGCUUCGACUUCAAGAAAUCGCCGCAGCUGUUGCAGGCGCGUGAUGCCGCAGGGCAGACGGUUUUGGCUUAUGCGAGGGACAAUGAGAGCGUGGCACUCUUGCUAGAGGCCCGAGCAGAAGUCACUGACAAAGCGGGGUGUUGUCCUGGAGCCUUGUUGGCUGCAUCCAUGCUUUGCUUGGACAAGAACUUCCUGAGAAACCUUCCAGGAGAUGUUGGUGGAUUAGAUGCUUUGGCCAUCCACCACGCAGCUCAUUGCGGUGCCCCAGCAUUAGAGGCAUUGCUUGCCAGAGGCUUUGCGGUGGAUCAUCGUGAUCCACAAGGCCGAAGUCCCUUGCACCUUGCAGUUGAUGGCCUUGGAGUAAGAGUGCUGUUGGAGGCCAAAGCAAUGGUGGAUGAAGUUGACUCCGAUGGUUCCACAGCGCUGCAUUUGGCUGUAACCCGCCGAAGUGGGGCACCAGUUGUGGAGGCUUUGCUGAAUGCCCGUGCAAGUGUGGAAAUCAGAAACAAAGAAGGUCUUCUGCCUGCGGACAUUGCCCUUCCUGCCGUGGCAAUCAUCCUUUCUGCAGCUUCGCAAAGCAUCGCAGCGAGCGCGCUAGCAGUUGCAUCAGAUGCUGUCCGAGAAAGAAAAGUCGAGAGCGUUCGCACCCUGAGAUCCUUCUGA